AUGGGUCAACAACUUUCAUUACUUGCUCAAACCGCACCUUCCAUUGCCAUCUCUUCAUAUGUCGAUGUCUUGAAAGACAUACACUAUAUUUCCCAAUUAAAUUCAUCCAAAUUUUUAAAAACUUGUAAAGCAUUGGACAUAAAUGGUGAAAUAAUAAUUAAGAUUUUUUUAAAACCAACAAUAAAAUACAACUUACAAAAUAUAGUGAAACUGCUUGAAAGAGAAUCAUUUUUAUUAAGAAAAUUACCCAAUGUUUUACAUUACACCCAUAUUUUAGAAACCGACCGUGCUGGAUAUCUAAUAAGACAACAUUUAAACAUGAAUUUGUACGACAGAUUAUCAACAAGACCAUUUUUCCAAGAUAUUGAAUUAAAAUUUGUUUGUUUUCAAAUUUUGCAAAUUUUGAAAGAUAUUCACUCGUUGAAUUGUGCCCAUGGUGACAUAAAACUGGAAAACUUUAUGAUAACCACAUGGGGUUGGGUUGUUUUAACUGAUUUUUCCAAUCAUAUUAAACCUGUUUAUAUACCAGAAGACAAUCCCAAUGAAUAUUCCUUUUAUUUUGAUAUCUCUCAAAGGAGAAUAUGUUACCUUGCUCCCGAAAGGUUUGACAAUAAAUUUUCUGACUCAACUUUACCCAAAGAAAACUAUAAACUGGAUUUUAAAAUGGAUAUUUUUAGCGCAGGGUGCUGUUUGUUUGAAAUUUUUACCGAGGGUGGCAAAUCUUUAUUUAGUUUUUCACAAAUAUUCAAAUACAAAAAUAAAGAAUAUGAUCCUGCAACGACAAUUGAAAAAGAAUUGACUGGUGUUGAUAAAGUUGGAAUAAGAAAUAUGAUUUUGGAUAUGAUUAAUUUAGAUCCUAACAAGAGAUUAAGUGCUGUCGAUCUUUUAGAAAAAUAUAAGGGAACUGUGUUUCCAGAGUAUUUUUACACCUUUGCGUACAAGGAAGUUAGAUCUUUAAACAGUAAUAUGUUGUUAUUCGAUUCUCCCUAUGUUUUUUCCAUUCCUACUUUACAAAAUAAAUUUAAUGAGACGUUUAAUAGAUUUUUUAAUAACAUCGAUUCAAUUUGUAACUCAUUACAUUACCCACUAAGCAUUAUCCAAGUGCCCUCGUUUGUAGGUUCUGAUAUAAUGACCAUGCAAAUCAAAUUGAACUCAGGGAAAGUUAUUCAAUUAAAAAAAUAUUCUUAUUUUUCCACAGAGGAAUCUGUAACAGAUCAAUCUGCCCUAAUUUUGAUUUCUAUAUUAAUAAGGUUUCUUCGAAACCUAUCAUAUCCUGAAUACCAGAUUAAUUGUCUAGAUGCUUUAAUCGUUUUAUCCCAAUAUGUCAAUGACGAUGCCAAGCUAGACAUUAUACUUCCCUAUUUUUUAGUAGUUUCUGAAAAUAAUACAAAUAGAAACAUUCAAGCAGUGGCUUUACAAAAAACAGUUCAACUUCUUUGUUUAGUUGAAAAUAUUAAUCAAGUAAAUGAAAAUAUUUUAGUUGAUUAUGUUUUACCCAAAUUAAUAAAAAUUUUUAGACAUAUGAAAGACAACAAGUAUGGCAGAAUUAUUUUUGCACAAUGUAUGGGCCAAUUAUCGAACUUUACCAUUAAGUUACAAGGAAUAUUACUAACCGAUGCAACCAAAACGGAAAAACAAAAAAGAGAUGGUGAAGAAAUAAGGGAUCUCGAAGGUAAACUAAAAGAAGAAAACGUCGCCAUAGACGAUGAAACUUUCAUAAAAUAUACCAGCAAAAUGACACAGCUUUUCGAAAAUUUGGUUAUUUCGCUAUUAAUAGACGACGAAGUUGAAAUCAAACUAUCGUUUUUGUCCAACGUUGCUUCCAUUUCCAGGCUUUUUGGACCAGAAAGAACGAAUGACAUAAUUUUAAGUCACCUGAUCACUUACUUAAAUGACAGGUCUUCCUCCUUAAGAAGUAAAGUGAUUCAAGUAAUUUCUGCAAUUUCAGUUAUUUUAGGUCCCGUUAGUUUUGAACAAUAUGUUUUGCCCCUAUUAAUCCAAGCAAUUGCAGAUCCUGAAGAGUUAGUCGUGAUAUCUUCGUUAAAAAGCUUACUUGAUAGUAUUAAUGUUGGGUUAGUCAAGAAACAUUACUAUUAUGAUUUAUGUGCAGAGGUUGCUCCUUUAAUUCUACACCCAAAUGAAUAUAUGAGACAGCUAACAAUAUCUUUAUUAGUGGAGAUAUCUUCCAGAUUACAACCGUCAGAGAAGUAUUGUUUGUUAUAUCCUGUUAUCAAGCCAUAUUUUGAGUUGGAAUUAGAUUUUACCAAUAAAGGUAUGAUACUUGGUGCUAAAAAUCCAAUAGAUAGAAGGUUAUACAAUCUUUUUUACACUUGGUGUUUAAGUGCCACAAACACCUUAUUCUGGAAAAGAAACACAGGAGGGAAAAAUCCCGAUGCAUUUGGUAACAAUAGUGUUGUUUUUGUCACUAAAGAUUACAUGGUGAAAAAUUACGGCUUUAGGACUGGUAAUAUAACGCAGGAUAUUAAGGACAAAGAACAGAAAAUUGAGAAUACUUUAAACAUCCCAUUAACUAUAGAGGAUAAAAAUUGGAUAGAAAAAUUGCAAAAUACUGGGUUAAAAGAGAGUGACAUAUGGAAACUAGGACUGUUAAGGGUCUAUGUGUUUAAAGCGGCUAAAAUGUCGCCAAGAAAGAGUUUUAAAGAAAGUUUAACAGACUCACAAAAAAUUAACAUUGAUGGUAUUCUUAGUAAGAAGAAUGUUUUGCCGCAUAAUUGUUUUUUUAAAUUGACUGCAAUUCCAGAAUACAAAAAAGAAAAGCUACACGUUAUCGCAAAACAAAAUAUAGACAGUAACACUACAAAUAUUAAUACCCUGAGGGCGUUUCCCCCUUCUCCGCCUCGACUACUCGAUUUAAAUGGGUCCCUAUUUUUAAAUACACCUGCAGAACCCACAUUAACACAAUGCUUUGAUAGUGUUUACGUACAGUUAGAACCGUCCAUUGAAAAUGACCAAUCAUCAAAGAUUUCAAAAAUUUCGCCAACAAAAUUUAAGAUUGUCAGCAGUUAUGAAGGUAGGAAUGACAGCAUCAAAUUUUUUUUAAAGUCUGUGAAAAUUGUACCACCUCUAAAGGACUACCCUGAGUUUGGCUUAUAUUAUGGGGACUCUGCGGUUUGCGAUAGAUCGAUCAGUUUUUCUGAAUGUUUUGUUUCUCAUAUUACUGAAUGUUAUGGCGAGAAUAUUACAGCAGUGUCUGUUAGUUCACACAAACCAUAUAUGGUUACUGGUAGCGACUCGGGUCAUGUAAAGUUGUGGGAUAUUCAAUUAUUAUGUGAAAACGAUGCGUUCACUUGUUUGCAUGAUAUUGAAGUCAACUCACCCGUAACUAAUGUUGCUUUUUUAUGGGGAUACAACUGUUUCACUCUUGCUACAAAGGAUGGUGAAGUUAAAACAUAUGCGUUUGAUAUUAAAGAUGAUGCUUUUUUAUUAAGCGAUAUUAGGCUUAUUAGAACAUAUCAAUUGGAAAAUAACCAAUAUGCUCUGAAAAUUUUGCAUAUGGACAAAGACUUUAAUCAUAUACUGUUUAUACUAACUAAUGAUGGUAUUGUACUUUCUUUGGAUAUAAGAAACAUGAAAAUUAUUACAAAAAUUACAAAUAAAACUGAACACGGAUCUGUGGUGAGUUUGCUCGUUGCUCCCGAUAUGAGUUGGAUUUUAUUAGGCACUAUUUAUGGUAUGCUAGACUUGUGGGAUUUAAGAUUUGGCGUGCUAACUAAAAGUUGGUGUUUUGGAGACAAUUUACCAAUAUUGGAAUUAUAUCAUUAUCCUCAGAUUUCAAACAAAUCCUUUAAUGAAAGAAACGUAGUUGUUAUUGGGGGAUGCUCAACUUGUCUGGCUUCGUUGUGGGAUAUUACGAAGGUUCAAUGUAAAAGAGUAAUCAGAAAAUCUUCAGCUAAUAAUUCUAUAAAUGUUGAAGAUUAUAUUUCUAAGGAGCUUUUGCCCCCAAAUUACGUUUUUGAUGCUGGAAAAAUUUCAUUGGAUGAUGUUUUAAUGGAUAUUCAUGAUUCGAAUGUAUUUUUGUGUGAAACUCAAAGUAGGUUGAUUUCACUAUUUGGAUUUAGGAACGCACAUAAGGCGCAUGUUUUGUUGGGACCAGAUAAGAAUUUUAGUAAAUUUUCCAUGACCAAGAUCACAACUUCGAUGUCAACUAUUGAAAGAAAGACGUCGACUAAAGUUGGUAACAACCACAACAUAAAGAAGAAGGCUGAAAUGAUUUCCCUUGUUCCUUCAAAUAUAAAAUUUAUGAAAGCCAUAUUUUUGCAGGGUUCCCAGGUUGCCAUAAUAUUUAUAACAAGAGAUGGUUCGAUUCAAAUAUAUAAGUGA